CUCUUCUUCACAACAUAACAAUUAUGAAGGUCAUCAUCUUUGCAGCCAUUGCUGCGCUGCUCGUCUCGACCGCGGCGGCAGGCAUUGUCGCUCAAUGCCGCUCCGAGUUCCGUAACGCCAACUGCCGCGCCUGCGCAGAGUCGGCAACUCAGGGCGACUCGACAUCCGGUCCCCGCCCCUGUGGUUGGUGCCCGCCAGAGGCUGCAGGCGGCGCAGGUGUGUGCCACCAGCUUCAGUCGGGGACCACUCCUCCUUGCGCUGAUGUCAAGCGCGGAAACAACAUCGACACCUGCCCGGCGCCGUCGGGCGGCGGCGGCGGGUCGACCACCUGCGAUCCGGCCCAGAGCUCGUCGUGCUCGACUCCGCGCGAGUGCAGUGCCGGCGAGCUACCUAUCCGUGGCGAUCCGCCCGCUUGCUGCCCGACGUGCAGCCCGCGGUGCCAGAGCGGCAUCACCGAGCCGGCCUCGCCCAUCUGCAGCCCGAACCGUCCGCCGAUGGUCAACAUGACUUCGUGCACGCUCUCGUGCAAGCGGCCGCCGAUCUGCGACCGGUCCACCGCCCUCGACUCGGUUCCCGAGUGCUCGGCGACGCUUGCCCCUGGUAUUGAUGUCACCACCGGCUGCCCGCGCUGCCGCAUCCCGUCGAACCGCGACUGCUCCACCGCUACCUGCGCGCCGUCGGUCUGCUCCACUGGCACCCUCCCGCAGCCGGACGCCUCCAACUUUUGCUGCCUCACCUGCCGCCCGCGCCCGCCGUGCAACCCGGCGACGUGCGCGUCCUCGUUCGCCGAGCUCCGUGUCUGUGGCUCCGGCGAGACGCCUGCCUUUGACGAGACCACAUGCUGCCCGACUUGCCGCAUUGAGGACCCCAGCACCGAUCGCCCUGGUACGGAUGGCACCUGCACCGCAGACAACAUCCGCAAAUGCAUGCAGCGCCGCCCGGUGUGUGAGCCUGGCCAGCGCCCGGUCUUUGACCCGUCGAAGGCCUGCUGCGGCUCAUGCCGCCGCCCGCAGGUUCUCUGCGAUCUGACCUCGGUCGCCGAGUGCGCCACCACUGUUCGCGACUGUGCCUCGGGCGAGGAGCCCGUCCUCCUCUCCACCUCGUGCUGCCCCUCGUGCCGCCCGGCCGAGCCGACCUGCACCACCACCUGCACCGACUCGGAGAUCUGCAUCCGCCCACGCGACGUCAACGGCGAGGCCCAGCCGUUUGUCUGCCGCGCAUUUGACCUCCGCCGCUUCAUCGUCAACUCGCGAAACUCGACCCGCGCCGACGUCCUCCGCCGCUUCAAGGCCAACAACGUCCGCCAGAUCAUCUUCGAGCUCGUCGAGCGCUACUGUGACAAGGCCGAGAACAACGAUGUCUGCGAAAAGUACCGCACCAUGGUCAUCCGCUCCACCCGUUGCACCCGCACUUCCGCCGACGGCGUCGCCCCGGUCACCCUCGAGUGCAAGAUCCCGCGCGCAGCCUCCACUUCGACCCGCUCCAACGACUCGCCGUCCGCCAUGGUCUCGUCCGCCGUUACCUCGUCUGACGAGUAUGAGGUCCAGGCCGAGGGUGGAUCUUCCACCUCGGCCGCCACUCGCGACUCGCUCUCGCUCGCUGUUGCAUCCAUCCUCAUUGCCCUCUCCAUGCUUGCCGCGUGCGUUGAGGCGCUCUAGUUUGGCCAUCGCUUAGCCCCCCCCACCCAUCAACAGCCCAUUACCUCUCGCUCCGCAUUUCACUCUCCGCAGCAGAGGGCAGCCCUCCCUGACGUCAAAGGCGCUGCGCUUUUCUGUGCACACAACA